CGUGACUCACGGACUGCCCAGGACUUUCCCUCCGUCAUCACAAAGCCUUAAUUUCCUCGUUGCUUGCUUCUGCUUCAUUUAGUUCAUUUGUCUUAUUCAUGCUGCUCCACACUUAGCCUUUCGCUGAAUUUUUCUUUGCAAACAUGCAGUUAAUAAUGAAGCUAUGUAUCUUUCUUUCAGUUCAUGUGGUGACGACCUUCGCUGCUGCUGACAACAUGACGGCCGCCACCGUGUACUGGGACCAAGAGCAAAAGCUUGUGGUGGUAAAGGAAGGAGUGAUGGAGUCUGCGGGCGAUGCGUACGGAUACCUGAACGACACGCUGUCCAGUACAGGCUGGAGCAUUCUGGAGAUCCGGGCCGGAUACGGGAAGACCCCCCAAACCGACGAGAUGACCUUUUUCCUGGCUGGUUACCUGGAGGGAUUCCUCUCUGCCCAGCAGAUGAUGAACCACUACACCAACAUGUACCCGCAGCUGAUCACCGAGCCGAAGAUCCUGGAGCCGGUGAAGACUUUCAUGUCGAAGCAGGACUCGUGGGUCAGAGAGCAGGUGAAGCUGAACAAGAGCUCCGAUCCUCUGUGGAGACACGCUGGAUUCAUCGUGGCCCAGCUGGACGGCCUGCAGGCCGGAGCCGCGGACUGGGCCAAGAAGCAGGGAAAGAAGCCGCUGUCGCUGUUUGACGUCCAGUUCCUGAACGCGGUGGGGGACCUGCUGGACCUGAUCCCGGCCUUGGUGCCCGGCUCCAACUCUCUGCUCAGAGACUUCAAGCUUCCAGGGAUGGGUCACUGCUCAGCACUCAUCAAGAUGCUUCCAGGCUAUGAGGACCUCCUGUUUGCCCAUUCCAGCUGGUACACAUACGCUGCCACCAUGCGCAUCUACAAGCACUGGGAUUUCUACAUCGCCGAGCCGCACACAGCCACCGGGAAACUGUCCUUCAGCAGCUACCCGGGUUUCCUGGUGUCUCUGGAUGAUUUCUACCUCCUGGGUAGCGGCUUGAUGAUGACCCAGACCACCAACAACGUCUUCAACUCCUCCCUGUUUGACCAAAUCACUCCCAACAGCCUGCUGUCGUGGCAGAGGGUCAGGCUGUCUCACAGCUUGGCUCACACGGGAGAGGAAUGGGCCAAAACGUUCUCCAAACACAACUCUGGCACCUACAACAACCAGUACAUGGUGGUGGACAGGAGCAAGGUGAAGCUGGGCCGCAGCAUUGAUGACGGCGCUCUGACCGUGGUGGAGCAGAUCCCCGGCCUGGUGGAGUUCUCCGACCAGACGCAAGCUCUGCGCAGAGGUCACUGGCCGUCCUACAACAUUCCCUUCCACCGGAACAUCUACAUCCUGAGCGGAUACGGGAUGAUGUGGUCAAAGUAUGGAGAGGAAUUCUCCUACGACCUCUGCCCCAGGGCCAAGAUCUUCCGCCGCGACCAGGCCAACGUGAAGGACCUGGACUCUCUGAAACGCAUCAUGAGAUACAACGACUACAAGAAAGAUCUGUACUCUGAGGGCAACCCCUGCAAAACCAUCUGUUGCCGUAACGACCUGAAAUUACAGAGGCCCUCGCCAGGAGGUUGCUAUGACACUAAGGUGACGGAUUUCAACAUGGCGGCCGGCUUCGUGGCGGAGGCGGUGAACGGGCCGACGACGCAGGACGGCCUGCCUCCGUUCGUCUGGGACAAGUUCAGCAGCGUCAGCCACCAGGGCCUGCCGCUGUACUACAACUUCACGUUUGUCAGGAUGCAGCCUCUUCUCUUUGAGCCAUGAGGCGCGUGUGUGUGUGCGCGUGUGUGGGUGUGUGUGUUGAGAGACAAAGAAAGCCGUCUUCCCUGAUGAUUUUUGUGAGAUGAAUCCUCAGAGCUCCAGGUACAACCUGUUGCUGAUUUCUGACAAAACGUCUCUCUGCUUGACCAAAGAUGGUUAAACGUCCUAAAAAGCUUCAAAAUAAGAUUCUCUCUCACUUUUACGCUCAGGUUGAAUUGAAUGAUUCACUAUUACAGGAGUGUGUUUCCUUUAGUGCCUUGAACACUGAUAGCGACUUUAUUGAUUUAAUCAAAGUGCCAAAUCAAUGCUCUGUUACUUUUUAAACACUUGAAUCUCCUCAUGCAUGCAGAACACUAUCUUCAUAAUCAAUCAAACUGUGCAAUAGGUGCUGAUUUUCUCUGCUGACGUGAUUUAUUCACUGUAAGUCUUGUGCUAUGCCAAAGAAGCAACAUCUCAGGUUUGUGUUUUUCUCCUGGCCUGUAUGUUUUUGCUGCUAAAUGUUUAUCAUUAACACUUAAUGGAUCCUGCUUUUUAAUAAACAUUUACAUUUUUACCA